GGCAUAAAAAUUUUCACUUAACGUCAGCAGAAGUUAUAGACAUUCGUAUUUUGCUAGAUAACAUUCCGUUAAGCUAACACCUGUGUUCCAGUAUCUUGUUUACGUAAUGUACAUUGGAGCCUGUGCUAGUUAAUCCCCGUAUGAAUCAGUCGUCACGCAGGUGCACGCGAUAAACAAUAUUUUACAAUGAAACUCGCGGUGGUCACUGGAGGAAACAAAGGGAUUGGUCUGGCCAUCGUCCGAUCACUGUGUGAAAAAUUUGAUGGGACUGUGUAUCUGACUGCUAGAGAUGCUAAACGUGGUGAAGCAGCUGUAGAUGAGUUAAAAAAGGAUGGCUUGAAAGUGAAGUUCCAUCAGCUUGAUAUUGAUGAUCAAAAUAGUAUUGACAAGUUUAGUGACUUUUUAAAGGAAAAUUAUGAAGGACUUGACAUUCUGGUAAACAAUGCUGCAAUUGCUUAUCCGGUCGAUUCAACUGUAUCAUUUGGAGAACAAGCAGAAAACACCAUAAGAGUGAACUUUUUUGGAGUUUUGGCAACAUGUAAAGCAUUGUUUCCUCUGCUUCGACCUCAUGCUCGUGUAGUUAAUCUCUCAAGCUCUGAAGGGCAUCUGACAAAAAUUCCUGGUGACAGCCUCAGAAAGAAAUUUUCAAAUCCUGAUUUGACAGAAGAGGAGCUCUGUGAUUUAAUGAGGCAAUUUGUUGAGGCAGCAAAGAAAGGUGAGCAUGAAAAGCAUGGAUGGCGAAACUCAGCUUACGGUGUUUCAAAAGUUGGAGUUACUGCCCUCACUUUCAUGCAGCAAAAAGCUUUUGAUGCAGAUGAGCGUCCUGACAUUAUUGUGAAUGCUGUCCAUCCAGGUUAUGUAUCAACAGAUAUGUCAAACCAUAAAGGUCCCCUCACUGUUGAACAAGGUGCUGAUGCUCCUGUAUAUUUGGCACUUUUGCCUCCAGGUGUAUCAUUGCCACGUGGUGAAUACAUCUGGUGUGACAGGCAGGUUGUAAAUUGGUUCAAAGGUCCAAUGCCAGCUCCAUAUUAGUUUCAGCUC